UCCUUUCUUCGGGGUUAGUGCGGCAAUGGGGGCCGGGGAUCUUUGACGAUUGGGGACGGUGAGGGAGGGGAGGGGAGGGGAGAGGAGAGGAGAGGAAAGAGAGUGGUAAGUGGUAAGUAGUAGAGGUGGCACUGGGAAAAGAAGCAGCACUGCCGCGCUGGGGUCUGGCGAGGCGGUCAAGGAGGAACCAGAAUGUUUUUCUGCGGACUAUGGGCGGACAUUCAGUGUGGAACAUGGAACAAUCUUUAUCACGCUUGACAUGAAUUGGAUUUCGGAGGACUAGUGUGUGGCGGUCGGAUCUAAUGCGUGAAAACUGCUGUUCUGCCGCUCAUGAAUGACUGAUUCAGGCUGACAAGAGGUUGGGAGCCGACCUUUUUUUUAUGUGCUUGGCACGCCCGGACAUUUUUCUUAAUCUCGCCGCGAACAGAGUCGCAGUUCUCUUGGGUUCACCUGAUACCGGGCUUUAUCCAAUUGUCUGUGCAUCAACGACCGUCGGAUUAUGUCAUAUCAUCUCGGCAGGUCUUCGAAGAUUUUCUUUGUGAUGGACAAUUUUGUUCGCAUAACUCACUCAAGGCGGUGUCUCCUUGCUUUCGUCAGUGACGAGCCUUGUCGAAUGCCUUGCACGUUACGGCAAAGCUCUGGGCGGAGUCGACACUGAUUUCGGCUUUUUAACAAUUACAUUCCACCAACGAUUUCUGUCGGAAAAUGGGUAGUCUUGCGUGACGAGUUACUGUCACUACAUUGCCCCUGCGAAUAUGGUUGCCGAAGUUCCGCUCGUCACUCUCUCCGAAUUGGAAAGAGAUAUGGGGGACAAAGUUUUUUGGCGUAAAAUGUUUUCCAAGCGAUUUCGUCACAUAUCUUGAGAUCGUUGCUCGUUUUGUGUCGGUCCUUUCAAUCUCUAUUCUGACUUUCGCACUGUAUUUCACGGAAACUUGAAGGAUGGUUGCCCUACGGAUGGAUCGGGAAGUAUUAAAUGGUCUGUUGAACCAUCCUACGCCCGAUGAAUCUUCCGGCUCGGAACAUGGUGGCUCGAAUGAAGCUGUCAAGGAGAACGCAACCAAAAUUGUUGACAGUAUGCACUCUCAAAAGCGUAUGGAGCAAAAACUAGCUCAAACAGUACUGCCAAAGUUGAAGCCAGAAGUUAAUGACUUGCCAGGUGGAGCGGCUGAGGAUAGACCUUUACAAGUGUUGAGGACAUCUGAAAGAUCCGAGGAAGAGGACGUUAUCGAUGUUUCUCCGAGUGGCUGCACUCUCUCAUCUUUGUCGACUGCGAUGCAGGAGACAGCAUCUCGAGUUAAAAACAUGUUCGUUUUUGACAAUAGCUUCACUGUGCUGCCUUCUUCUAUUCAAAAUUUUAAGAAUUUGAGGAAACUUAAAUUUUUCUCAAAUGAAGUGAGAACGUUACCGCAGGAGUUAGGAGAAUUGACACAGUUGGAACACCUGUACUUGAAAAUUUGUCCAGCCGGACUGGGAACUUUACCUCCUCUAGACAAGCUCAGGUCUUUGAGGGCGUUGGAGCUUCAUCAAGUGCCAGUGCGUCCAUCAGCGUCCACUCUCUCUCGUGAGAUAGCACAACUUCAUUCUCUAACGCGCCUCUCCGUUUGCCAUUUUUCAAUCUCUUGGGUUCCAGCUGAAAUUGGCACUCUGAAGCAUUUGGAAGAGCUUGAUCUAUCCUUCAACAAGUUGAAAGUCUUGCCGAAAGAGCUUGCUGGAUUAACAGCUUUGAAGACGUUGAGAGUUGCGAGCAAUAAGUUGAUCGAACUCCCCUCGGAGUUGACGAGCCUUCCAAAUCUUACUUCUAUUGAUGUUGCCCACAACAGGCUCACAUCAUUGGAUUCGCUGGGACUAGUGUCCAUGACAUCACUCAGAGCUCUCAAUGCACAGUUCAACAAGCUGCAAAAAACAGGUGUUAUUCCAAAUUGGGUAAGUUGCGAGCUGGAAGGCAACGAGCGACUUCAGUCAGACCCGACGAAGUCUGACGACUCAACAGAGGUGGACAAAGAAGAAUUUCUCCUGGACUGGGAGCCUCCAUCAGCUGAGGAAAGCCUCGAUGGGUUCGGAGGUGGCAGCAGUCUUUCUUCACCUACACCUUUUGCAGGAAAGGGCAGCUCACCAACGUCAAAAGGGCAGCCAGUUUCAAGGAGUCGGCGAGGGUGGAAAAAGCAGGAUAAUCAACAGCAGAAGGCACGACAAGAUAGACUUAAUAGUAGUCGGAAGCACAGAUCAGAAGAUCAUGUGGAUUUUAAUGAGGUUACCACUCCAGUAGUCAGUGCUGACCCCUUAAAGACCCUCGACGUUCAUUGUAAAAAUGCAUCCACUUCAGAACUGAAACCUAGCAGAGGUAACGGUAAGCAGUUGGAUGGAAAAGAGCUAUAUGCUUCAGACGAGGGGAAAGGAUUGUGUGUAGCGCAGCAUGUCAGGCGGAAUGAAGACGCUGUCGACUCUAGGAAGGAGUUACAGAUUGAUGAGGACGUCCAUAAAUUGCAUGACACGGAGGAACAAGAUGAAGAAAGCUUCAGGGAUUCCCAGCCUGAACAUAUGCCAUUAAGCAAAGUACAGGUCGUACACGUUGCAGUCAGUAGACUCGGUUCUAAUGAGAGGAACAUAUGUAGGAAAGCCAUAAGUGGAGAUCGACCUAAGGUUGAUCAAGUCGUAACUUUACUGGAGUAUCAGAAUGAAGAUCCGAAUGAAUCCAACACUGAUACUCUCCGUAGUUGUUUAGCAUUAUCGGGGGUGAAAGUAGGCAGAAGGCAAGACGGGGAUAACGAUAGAAACCCCAAGCCUUCUAAAAGGAGGAGGUCAGUGCAGGAGUUUUCUGAAGUCUCCUUUAAGUAUUGCACUGAGUCGUUUUGUGGAUUUGAAGACCGGCUUCAUGAUGGAUUUUACGAUGCGGGACGAGAUCGUCCUUUCUCGUCACUAGCUGCGUUGGAGAAAGAGCAGCCUUGUUAUGAUUCACGAGAAGUCAUACUAGUCGACAGGGAGAAAGAUGAGGAACUGGAUGUGAUGGCUCUUUCAGCACAACAACUCCUUGCAGGCCUGGAGUCAUCUGUUGAAGGGGAUGGGAAGGUGAAUGUUUUUCAAAGAAUGACAUUCUUGGCUCUAUUUGUCUCAGAUUGUUUUGGUGGGAGCGAUAAGACACAAAACAUUUCUAACAUGCGCCGGGCUGCUCUUGGGGGUACUGCCGGGAUGCCCUUUGUGUGCUCUUGUAGUUCUAGUGUUAAUGGGAACUUAGUUAACAAGGUGAUGGAGAAGUCAAACGCAGGAGCCGUCCUGCCAAGUGUGCACAUGCUUUGUGAAGGUGCAGUACGAUUUUUGAAAGCUCAGCGGGGAUCGAAUGUGCUACCCAUUGGGUCCCUGUCCUUUGGUGUUUGUCGACAUAGAGCUAUACUUUUCAAGUAUCUAUGUGACAGAGCGGACCCCAUCAUACCGUGUGAACUCGUUCGCGGUUAUCUAGAUUACAUGCCACAUGCCUGGAACGUGGUACUUGUUGAAACCUCAAGUGGCAGCACUCGGAUGCUUGUCGAUGCAUGUCGUCCUCUUGACAUUCGACCAGAAAGGGAUCCCGAAUAUUUUUGCAGGUAUAUCCCCUUAAGACGCAUACAUCUGCCACGAAUCUCUAUUGAGGUGUUGAAGACAUCUGGGAGUGAGAGUUCCCGUAUACCGCUAUUACAUGAAGAUAUAGGCCAUGGGGCUUCAGGGGCUGUAGUUAGACGAUGUUCUUUUGGGAAGGUCACGGCUGCAGCUAAGGUGAGGCAGCUCGAGACCGUUGCCGAAGGCCCCGGAGUGUUGGGAAAGGGUUUGGAAAGUAGCUGUCUUAGUGAACUUCGAAUGCUUUGUAGUCUACAACCGCAUCCUUGUAUCGUCGCCUUCUAUGGUCACCAGCUCACAUCAGGCUUCACAACCUCACCAGACGAGGGAGCAGCUCAAGCACCUCAAUUGAUGAUCUUUAUGGAGUACAUCAAGGGGGGAUCUUUGGAGGGAUUUCUUCAAGAAUUAGCUGCAAAAGGCCAAACGCACAUGGAUCCAGACCUAGCCUUGCAUGUAGCAAGGAACGUAGCCUGCGCUAUAUCCGUGCUACAUUCGAAAGGCAUCAUUCACAGGGAUGUGAAAAGUAGCAAUGUGCUGAUUGAUCUGGAGGCAAGUCAAGAUACUGAGUUUCCUGGUCCAGUUGUCAAGCUUUGCGACUUUGACAGCGCUGUUCCUCUUCAGUCAUCUUCGGAACACACGUGCUAUUUGGCGCAUCGAGGUGUACCCCCGGCGGAUGUUUGUGUUGGGACUCCUCGUUGGAUAGCUCCUGAGGUUUUACGGGCAAUGUAUGGACGUCACUCGUAUGGUCUGGAAGCUGAUUUAUGGUCCUUCGGAUGUUUACUGGCUGAGUUGCUAACUCUCAAAGUUCCGUUUGCCGGUUUAUCGGAAACGGAGGUUCAUUCUCGUAUUCAGAUGGGGCAGCGGCCCCAGCUUCCUGCGGAAAUAGAUAAGUUUAGAUCUCCACCUGCUGCGUCGUCAGCCGGGAAAGAAACAGUUACAUAUGAGAGUAGUAAUGAUUCGGAAGUGCUGAGCAUUUUGGUGAGGCUCUUCUAUUCGUGCACGGAUCCCAGCCCUUCAUCGCGCCCCAGUGCGAAAGAAGUUUUGAACAUUCUUGCCACUGCCCUGGCAGAAAGGUCAUGUACAACAGUAGCUUCACUGGACGAACCAAUUCUUCAAGACGAGACUCCUGAAGAAGCAUUGGACGUCCCAAAGCGGUUGCUCAGUCCCAAGGUCGACGAGGAGUCUCCAAAAGUAAAGAAAGAGAGUAUCCCAGUUUGUAGUUUACCAAAUAAAAGCUGUUCCUGCACCAACUGUGGAAAGAAGGUCGGUGAGAGUAGUAGCGUAGAGAGUUCCAAUCCUGACAGCUGCAACGACACUUGAGCCUGAGCUCUUUCAUUAAGUAAAAGGUUCUACUAUGUGGUGGGACGACCAAGUGCGCAAGCUUUUCUUGGUCCUACCACUGUUUUUAAACCUUG